AGGUUGGAAAGGCUGGAGAAAGUUGAAGGGUACAGCCUCAUGUCCACUCUGAGGCACAUAGGGAGUCUGAGUGUAUAUGGACAAGGAACAGGAAGUGGAAAGUGAUAGAGAUGGAGACCCAAAAGAACUGAACAUGAGUCCAGAGAAACAAGAAGAAGCUGAUCAAGGUGACGCUAAUGAAAUUCCAUUAUUACAGGGUCUAUCCAGCCGCGUGACUCCCCUGGUCCCAGAAUUCUUGGACCCAGCACACAUCCAGGAGAAGGUCUUGGCCCCUGAGGCCAACAACACUCAACACAUGCCUGCAAAGGAGUCCAAAAGUCCACAGCCCAAGGACAUAUUCCCACCGGCACAGGGUGGUAACAUUGUCAAUUCCUCAGCAAAGACCAUGCAACCCACGCAGGCUGACACCCCCAGUUUUUCAGCAAAAAUCUUCCCUCCCAAGCAGAGCAGUACCCCCAGUUCUUUAGCAAAAACGAUCCUGCCCAAGCAGGCUGAUACUCCCAAUUCUCCAGAAAAAAUGAUCCCACCCAAGCAAGGUGACAUCUCCAAUCCCUUAGCAAAACCCAUUUCACCCAAACAGGCUAACACCUCCAGUUUUUCAGCAAAACCUGUCUCGCCCAAGCAGGCUGGCACCCCCAGGUUUCCAGCAAAACUCCUUCCUCCCAAACAGGGCAGUAUCCCCAGUUCUUUAGCAAAAACAAUCCUGUCCAAGCAGACUGAUACCCCCAAUUCUCCAGAAAAAAUGGUCCCACUCAUGCAGGACAAUACCCUUAAUUCCCCAACCCAAAUCACCCCACCCAAACAGGCUGAGACCCUCAAUUCCCCCACAACAACCAUCCCAGCCAAGCAGACUGAUGCCCCAAAAUUUUCAGGAAAAAUCAUUCUACCCAAGGAGAGUGAUACCCCAAAUCCCUCAGAAGAAAUGAUCCCACCUAUGCAUGCUGAUAGCCCCAAUUCUUCAGAAAAAAAUAUUUCACUCAAGCACAGUGACACCCCAACUUCCUCAGAAGAAACCACCCCACUGCAGGAGGAGAGAAUGACAGCUUACUCGGAAAAAAACAUCCCUCCCAAGCAGGGUAACACCCCCAUGUCCCUGGCAAAAUUCAUUCUACCCAAACAGGCCAACACCUCUAAGUUCUCAGCAAAACCUCUCCUGUCUAAACAGAUCAACAGCCCCGAGCUCUUAGUGAAAUCCAUCCAGUCCAAACAUAUCCCCAUCCCCAAGUCCUCAGAAGAAAACAUUCCACCCAGAGAGGGUGACACCACAUACUCAGAAGACACCAUCCAGCCCAAGGAAGGUGACAUCCCCAAGUCCUCAAAAGAAGCCAUCCUGCCCACAGAAGGAGACAUCCCGAAGGCUUCGGUGUCAAUGGAGCUUCUGGAGGCGGACUUCGUGAAAGUGAUCCUGAGCAAGGAGGACUUCGAGCUGGCGCUCAAGGAGGCUGGAGAGAGGCUGGUGGCUGUGGACUUCUCGGCUACAUGGUGUGGGCCUUGCAGGACCAUCAAGCCCCUUUUCCAUUCCCUGUCUGUCAAGUACGAGGACGUGGUGUUCCUGGAAGUGGAUGCAGAUGAGUGUGAUGAGCUGGUGAAGGACCUUGAGAUCAUUUGCCUCCCAACCUUUCAGUUUUAUAAAAAAGAAGAAAAGGUGGGCGAAUUUUGUGGCGCCAUUACAGAAAAACUUGAAGCGAUCAUUGCAGAAUUAAAGUAAUUGUGGAUUCUGAAAGUGUUGUACACAGUCA